AAAAAUUACCAGAAGUGCUUGUCUGUGGCUGUAUCAUAAUGAAGCAGGCCAGGUUUGGGAGUCUAACCAUAAUGCCAGGAUAGCCUGUGGCCUGAGAAGGAAAAUGACAACAGGACACAAAGAUGGGUCUAUACUGAGCAUUCAUUUAGAUCACGUGCAGGGGAAAGGCAUGAAGGGGUCAGAUAUGGACCUAGCAGGAAAAGGCUGCCUUGGUGCCCAAGCUGGUGGCAUGAAGAGAGUCAGGGAAGGAAUUGCUGUAGAACGUGUGAAAGAGGAGCCAGACAAAGGACUGCCACAGAGGUGGGAAGCCCAAUGGCAGCAGUUCCUGAAAGUAGUGGAGACUCCCAGUUCAGAAGAAGGGCAUUUGGAACUGCCUGGACAGCAGAGAUACACAGGCUGUUCUCAGUCCCCCCUUGAUGCAAGUCAACAGCUUAUUGGAGAUGAGGUCCCUCAGCUCCUGUUUGGUUCCCUCAAGAAGGGCCAACCACCUGAAGAUGUAUCGGUGGCCAAAGACAAGGCAGCCUGUAAAAAAAUAAAAGAUGAGUUCUCAGAUGAGGACGGAUAUGAACAAGUGAUCUUGGGCGAGGAUGCUGUAGGCUGGGAUGCAGAGCGCCAAAGAUUCCGGCAGUUCUGCUACCAGGAGGCCAAGGGGCCACAGGAAACUUACGGUGAACUCCAAAGUCUUUGCCAUCAAUGGCUGAAGCCGGACAGACACACCAAGGAACAGAUCCUGGAGCUGGUGAUCUUGGAGCAGCUGCUGACCAUCCUGCCUCCAGAGAUCCAGAGCUGGGUGAAGCAACAUCGGCCAGACAGCUGUCCACGAGCAGUGGCACUUACUGAGGAUUUUCUGCUGAUCCAGAAACGAGAGGUGCCAGGACCACUCCAGGCAGAGGUGGCCAAUUUCCCCAAAGCAGAGGGACCUCCACUGAAUUCCUGCCAGUGGCCACUCUUCAAAGAGAUCAAGCAGGAAGACCAAAGGGAUCCCACCUUGCCAGCAGGUGGUGGUGAGGAGUUGCGUGGGGAAAAGGACAACCAGGGAGGAAGUUGUGGUGAAGCAGAGCCCCCCUGGAUGUUUUCUGGAGAAGCUGAGCUGACCGAUUGCUUCAGGUCAGGAGAUGCCUCCGAGGACUCCCCACAAAAGCGAAAGGAGGGAUUGAUUGAUUUUCAGGGGUGCAAAAACGGACUCAGUGAAGAGAUGGACCAACCACAGAUCCUCAUGGGUGAGCCGGAAAAGAUGCAUAUUCAGCAUGGAGAAGUCUUUCAGUACCAACCUGAGUUCAUUGACCAUCAGCCAAGUCAUAUGGAGGAGAAAACAUACGAACAUUUUGACUGUGUUGUUCCUCAAAGGGUACCCAUGGGAGAGAAGCCAUACAUAUGCUCUACAUGUGGGAAGAGCUUCACUGAACACACCAUCCUUGUUGCUCAUGAAAGAACUCACAGCGCGGAGAGCCUGUUCAAACCUAUAGAUGCCAGCCUCUAUUUCUCUUGCAGUUCAUUGCUGAUCAAGGAUACGAGAGCACCUGUAAGGGACAGACCAUAUCAGUGCACCAACUGCGAGAAGUCCUUUGGGACCAGGGCUAUCCUUAUCAGCCACAAGAGGACCCACACGGGGGAGAAACCAUACAGAUGCCCCGAGUGCGGGAAAUGCUUCAGCAUGGCCUCUGCUCUCAUUAGACACAAGCGGACCCACACAGGGGAGAGGCCAUACAAAUGCUUAGAGUGUGGAAGGUGCUUCGGGGACCGAUCUGGCUUUAAUACGCACGCACGCACUCACACAGGAGAGAAGCUGUACCGGUGCCUGGACUGUGGGAAAAGCUUUGGGCGGCAAGCACACCUGGUCGACCACGAGAGGACCCACACGGGUGAGAAGCCCUACCAGUGUCCGGACUGCGAAAAGUGCUUCAGCAGCCUGUCGAUUCUUAUCAAGCAUAAGAGAACCCACACGGGCGAGAAACCCUACCAGUGUUCCUUCUGCACCAAAAGCUUCAGCCAGAGCUCGAGCUGCAUGAAACACGAACGGACCCACACGGGAGAGAAGCCAUACAAAUGCUCAUACUGUGGGCAAAGCUUCAGUCAGAACUCGAGCUGUGUGAGGCACGAGAGGACCCACUCUGGAGAGAAGACUCUCAAGUGAUUGCCCCCCCCCCCCAUCUUUCAGAUGUUCUUCUGCAUCCCAGAUUACCAGAACUGGGUCUGCCCCCAAAAUGUGGCAAUCAAAAACUUCAUUUGGAGCUAAAUGAGAUGUUCAGUGGAAGAUCUGGAUCACCUGGAUCCGAUACUCUGGUUGUCUGCAGAAUAACUUUGAAGUCAUGGGGUGGGGUAUGAUUUGGAGAGUCUUUAACUCUUCCCUCUCCCUUAGCUGCUCUUCUCCAGUACUUGGAAUUGCUGGGGGAGGGCAGUUGGGAGAGGAGAGCUCGAAAACAAAAAUGGCAAGUUGGGGAAGAAUUUAUCUCCCGCCACCAGUUUUUAGAUGCUUGAAGAUCCUGGGCACCUGCUAAAUACCUAGCUUUGCAUUCCACCUUUAGGGCUCUUUGUGCAUGGCUGAACACACCAAGGGAAAGCUUAAUAUAAAGAAGACUGAGCAUAUUUUGUAAUCAUGCAAGCGUGCAAAUUUGAUACUGGGUGGCCCAAAGAAGAAAAGAUCAGGUGUUUCUAGCAGACAAGUAACAGCAAAAAGAGGCUGCUCCGGUACAGAGAACACAAACCAAAGAGUGGAAGAGCCACACCGGAGACUCAGAAGAAAAAGGU